CGUAUUCGCAUAUUCUCAUCACCUCUAGCGUUCUUGUGGUUGCUUCCAGCUCAUAUGAUUCUUCUUCAGUAUACUGGUGGAGGUUCAGUACAGUUGAUAAGUAGUUUAUUUGUACACGAUUCCAAAACGCAAAAACGCAUGCGAAGGGCACUUACUAUACAAGCAUUUCCGUUGCGCAUCCUUCUCCAUUUCCCUUUUUUUACAUGGAUUUUUAUCUUGGUGAUAUCGUGGCAAUCAGGCUACAGUUCGUCUCGACACUAUCAGAAUGCGGCUUUGACACGACGACAUCUACCCUGCCUAACAGGCGCUUUUCCAACCCCCAAAUCAGCCCAUCCGCCCUACCAACACCUCAGCUAAUAUGCAAGAGACCAAAUAGUUUGAGAAAAAAAGAAAAUUAACAAGUCCAGACAGCCCUCACGACACCCUCUUCUUGAUACCCCGCCAGGCCGAGUGAUUAGCCCGCCUCACUUCCCGAUCUGCCCAACUCCACCCCCCGCAUCCAAGCGGCCGAGACUCGGAGGCAGACUCGAAACUCGCCGCAUGACACUUGGAAUUGGCGAUGGCUUCGUCAU